CAUAUUUGAGUUGGGCCUGCAGCUGUUCUAUCUUCAUCAGCAGGCUGAUGGUGUCGGUUCUGACGCCAGGACCCGAACCUACUUCGAUCUCUUCAAAUUCCUGCAGCCGAAAGAGAAAGGGAAAGUAUAUUGACAUGUUCAUGCGCAGUGGAAGCUAAACCUCAUCGCACCUCGGUGCCGAGGAAGGGAGAGUAAGCGGACUCUUCGUUCAAGCCGAACUUGUCCUCCAUUGGACUAGCCUCCUCUGGGACCGUGUUACUCUUUAACAUCUUUGCCGGUGCUUGAGAUGGAGACUCUCCGGCUUCUCUCUUGGGCGGCAUAAGGCUUCGAGGAGAACCUGCGAGGAGAAGACUCAUUCGGUCAAGGAGGGCAGUUGAACUCACACCAAGAUGGAAAGUUAACUCCUCAGCUCGACCCUCCUCUGCUAUUUAAUUAGCUCCCAGACACAAACAGAAACUCCAUCUGGAUUAAAAGCCAUAUAUGCCUUUUAGUGGCGGAAAUGUUUUAAAUAAGGCUCACCUGGCCUUUCACUUUGCCUUGACGAAUAACGAGACCCACAGAGGACAAAGACAAUGCAAUAAAUGGUAAUACUGCGUAGUGGAGGAAGUAGUAGUACUACUGCAGUAGUACAGUGCAUGGAUCCUGGGGUCCUAAUGUCCACCUUUUUAUCAGCAGCACCAAAGGCGGAACAAAAGUAGCGACUCGUGUCUCCCAGGGGGAAGUAUUUUUCCCCAGGACUAUUUCCUGCCAUCCCAGAGAUGUUUUAAACACCAAUAGAAUUUUAGGAUUUACAAAAAAAAGGAGGAUUCAACGGUGCCUUAGCCAAUGAGAAGCAAGUACUACUUCCGCUUGGUUUGUCUAGUUGGGUUGAGCUGCGUGGUACACAUGUGGAUCCAAUGUUGACUUAAAACCCGAGGAAGUUUUGAUUUGUGUUAAUUUCGGCUUCACGCUUUUCACAAUGUCUUCGUCUUUCUUUAUAAAGACGUCGAAAAAAAAUAAAUUGGCAAAAACGGGGAAAAAUGCCACAAAAAACAAGCAUAAGGGUGACGGUGAUUUAGCUGGUAAAGUAAAAAGCAAGAAACAGAACAAGUAUAACGAAGAGAUAUCGAGUGACUCUGAGGGAGAAAGUCCCGUAGUUGGCAAGAAAAGGCAGUCCAAAGAGGAACCUGAAUAUGAUGAGACACCACAGGAGAAGAAGCUGAGGUUGGCUAAACUGUACCUCAAUCAGCUGAAGGAUGAAGAAAACAAGGCAGAAGACGAGUCGUUUGAGACUGAUCUGAUUGCUGGGAGGCUUCAAGAAGAAGUGCUUGAACAAAAAGGAAAACUUCAACGAUUUAUUGCCAAAGAUCUACUGCCACCCGAUGCUUCUGAAAUCCGUCUGUUAAGAGGACAUAAGCUGCCUAUCACCUGCCUCGUCAUCAGUCCCGAUGACAAAAGCAUCUUCUCAGCUGCUAAAGACUGCUCCAUCAUUAAGUGGGAUGUUGAUAGCGGUCGAAAGCUGCGAGUUGUACCUGGUGGAAGGAAAGGUACGGAGGAUUGCCAUGUUGGACAUACAGCUCACAUCCUGUGUAUGUCCAUAUCCUCAGAUGGCAAAUACUUGGCCACUGGGGACAUGAACAAGCUGAUCAUGAUUUGGGAGGCUGAAACCUGCAAACAUCUCUACAAGUUCACAGGACACAAAGGCCCCGUGUCGGGUAUCUCGUUCAGGAAGGGUACUCACGACCUGUACAGCGCCUCACACGAUCGCUCCGUCAAAGUGUGGAACGUAGAUGAAAAUGCCUACGUGGAGACUCUCUUUGGCCAUCAGGACGCCAUCACUGGACUCGACAGUUUGAGCCGAGAGCGCUGCGUCAGCACCGGCGGGCGGGACCGCACCAUGCGAGUGUGGAAAAUCGCGGAGGAGUCGCAGCUUGUAUUCAACGGACAUGAGGGUUCUAUUGAUUGUGUCCAGCUGAUUAACGAGGAGCACAUGAUCACGGGCGGGGACGACGGCUCGGUGUCUAUUUGGAACGUCAACAAGAAGAAGCCGCUCAGCACGGUAAAGCAGGCUCAUGGUUGCCGUGGUGACGCCGGACUGGAGCAGCCUCACUGGGUGGCCGCUGUGGCCGCGCUUCAGAACUCCGACGUUGUAGCCUCAGGUGCUUCUGGCUGUUCCAGCAACUCUCAGGUGCAGCUGUGGAAGUGCGGUCAGAAUUAUCGAGGACUGCAGCCUCUCUUUAGCAUCCCCUUGGUGGGUUUUGUCAACAGCCUGAAGUUUUCACACUCUGGUCAGUUCUUGGUGGCAGGAGUAGGACAGGAACACAGGUUGGGUCGAUGGUUGCGAUUUAAAGAAGCCCGCAAUGGAAUUUGUAUUAUUCCUCUUCCAAGGAAACUUUCUAUCCAAGAAGAAGAAAAUCUGGACAACUGAACUUUUCUUUUUUACAUUAAAGGCUCCUCAAAAACAUACAUUGGCAUUUAUUUCUUACUGCCAGUGCUUUCAAGUAAUACCUAAAUGUGACUAGCACACUCACUGGCUGUAUUGACUGUGUAGUUACUUAACGGACCAAUCUGCUAGACUAAAGUCACUAUAUUUGCACUGCAAAGGAAAUGUAUAGCAAAUAUAUUUAAUUUUUGAACAAAUUUUUCAAUUGAAAGAAAUGUGAGAGAUACAACCCAGUUAAAUGUGCUGAAUAGUAAACGAGAAAAGAAAAUAUACUUUAGCUGGGGCGCUAAAAUCAAAAUCCUACAGAAUUUUACUGCAAAAUUCUGGCAACGGAGCUACCGGUUUUGUUAUUUUAAUCUACACAUCUGACAAAGCAGUGAAUUGUGUAUUAUAUUUAUAGCUGGGGGUGGGUCAGAGGUGCAAUCACCUCCAGCAACAAUAAAUAAACACAAAUAAUUAGUGUGGAGCAUUUUGAUAUUCCAAAAAAAGUGGUUUAUUUCCAUGAGUUUGAGAAAAGCACAUACAGUAUAUAACACAUCUAAUUUUAUACAUGACGUCACCAGGGUUCACGUUGGAACACAUGGUGUGAAUCAUGAAGUUUACUGCGCACAACAACAAUGACCAGUUAGGACAAGGCACGGUGCAAAGUCACAUGACCCUGUUCUCAACACAAUUUAAUACCAAAAUGUAUGAUUCAAAUCAUGUGGUUUUAUUUACUUUUUUUUUUUUAUUCAAGUGGUUGACUUCUUGUUUACACUUGUCAACAUCUUUCUUAAACCUUGGCCGUACAGUCAAGUCAUGUCAGCCACAGUUUGACCCUGGAACAGAUUAUUUCUGCAACAGAUGCCUAACUUUUUGUACGAUUUCCUACUAAAUUGUUGCAAAACACGUCGAGCACAUCUAAGUGCCAACAUAUAAGAGCAUAUUAAAACUGUACUCAUCUAUGGCAAGAAAUUUGUGUCUUUGUAUGCAACCAAACAGGUUUUGUAAAAUGUAUUAUUUUCAAAGAAAAUACAAGUUUUGGUUACAACUCAA